AAAUAUUUAAAGCACAACUGUACAAUUUUUUUAUAAGUUUAAUGUGGACGGUGAAGAAUGAACGGUAAUUAAAUUAUUAUAUGGUAAAUAAAUGAUUAAGAAACCCUACUUCAACUAUUUUUAUAAAUGUUAGAGAUAUAUAUUACAACAAAAAAUUUAGUAGGUUUAGUUAGAUUUACUACUUUUAUUGAUUUUUCACAUCACUAAAAGAAUUUUCUCAAAUAAUACCCUGUGUAAAUUAAAACAUUAAACUAUCAAAUAAAACAAUUGGUAACGGUCCAUUUGAAUAUUCAAAUAAAUAAUAUAAUUAUAAGACAAGAAUGUAGCUGUGUGAUGUGCUUCCUACCCAAUUUCCAAUUUAAUGAUUUCACCGUCAAUCCCUCUUUAAUUUGUCUCCACAUAUUAAUAUCUUAUCAAUAAUUGAAAUAGUACCACCAAUCUAUAUAUCUAUAGAUAAUGUAAUUAAAUUUUUAAUUUACUAUUUCAAAUAAUAUUUUCAACUUCGUCUCCAAAAACGCGGUUUCUUCGACUUUAAGAAACUAUUCAUCUCCAAACUUUCAAAAAAAAACCCUAAAAUAAAAAAAUCUCUUCCUUCUUCUUCCUCCAUCAAUGGCGUCAACAAAACCAACCGAUCAAAUCAAACAACUCAAAGACAUCUUCGCUCGCUUCGACAUGGACAACGACGGAAGCUUAACACAGCUCGAACUCGCCGCUCUCCUCCGUUCUCUCGGAAUCAAACCUCGCGGCGAUCAAAUCUCUCUUCUUCUCAACCAAAUCGACCGUAACGGUAACGGAUCCAUCGAGUUCGACGAGCUCGUCGUCGCGAUAUUGCCGGAUAUUAACGAAGAGGUUUUGAUUAAUCAAGAACAGUUAAUGGAGGUUUUCCGUUCGUUUGAUCGUGACGGUAACGGUUCAAUCACGGCGGCGGAACUUGCUGGGUCAAUGGCUAAAAUGGGACAUCCGUUGACUUACCGUGAAUUAACGGAAAUGAUGAGGGAAGCUGAUUCUAACGGUGACGGUGUUAUUAGUUUUAAUGAGUUUUCUCAUAUUAUGGCUAAAUCCGCUGCUGAUUUUCUUGGAUUAACCGCUUCUUGAUUAAUUCUAUGUGUUGUUUUAAUUAAUCUUUUUUUUCCUGUCAUGCAACUUGUGCAAUUAACAAUGUGCUAAUCUUUCAUUAAUCUAUUUAUGAUUCGUUCGUGUGACG